CCGGCUCCGCUCCCGGCUCCAUCCUGAUGGCGUCUCCGCGUAAAAUCCGCGACACAUUUUGCCAGCAGCCACCGAGCAUGGGUCCCUUUGGUAAUAGAAUAGCCAAUGUAAUUUGACACUUCAACUUACUGCGCUCUCUCCGAGUCUAUUCAGUUACUCACCCACUGACGUUGAGCCCAUUCUCAGUGGCCGUGAGGGGGAAGAUAUUUAAAAACAAGAGCCGAAAAUUACCGAGGACUUUCUACGCGUAAUAACCCGGGGCAGAAGACGUGAGGCGCUGAAGUGUUUCUCCUCCUGGUGUGUGAAUGGGUGGGGGGGUCCUUCGUGGUGAAGAAUCAAGGAUUGAAAUCAACGGGUCCUUCGUGGUGAAGAAUCAAGGAUUGAAGUCAACACAGAACGCUCCAGUUUAAUGGCUGGCAGGUAGAGGCCGAAGAGGGACAAUCAACAUGAACUCGAUUCCGUCGAUGGACAGACACAUACAGCAGACCAAUGACCGUCUGCAGUGUAUCAAACAGCACUUACAAAAUCCAGCAAAUUUCCAAACAGCAGCGACCGAGUUGCUGGACUGGUGUGGCGACCCAAGAGCCUUCCAGCGCCCCUUCGAGCAAAGCCUGAUGGGAUGUCUAACGGUGGUCAGCCGCGUAGCAGCACAGCAGGGCUACGACUUGGACCUGGGCUACCGGCUCCUGGCCGUGUGCGCUGCCAACAGGGACAAGUUCACUCCAAAAUCAGCAGCUCUUCUGUCGUCGUGGUGUGAGGAGCUGGGACGCCUCCUCCUCCUCCGUCACCAGAAGAACAGGCAGAACGAGCCUCCAGGAAAAGUGCCCAUGCAGCCCCCCAUGAGCUCCAUGAAGCCCAACCUCUCACACGGAGAUGGGUCUUUUCCCUACGACUCAGUUCCCUGGCAACAGAACACCAAUCAGCCUCCAGGUUCGUUGUCUGUGGUGACCACCGUCUGGGGUGUGACCAACACAUCGCAGAGCCAGGUGUUGGGGAAUCACAUGGCCAACACCAACAAUCCUAUGAACCCUGGGGGCAACCCUAUGGGCUCGGGUAUGUCUGGUAACAAUCCAGGGAUAAACUCUCCUCAGUUCACCGGCCCUCAGCAGCAGUUCCCCAACAAAGGCAACUCCAACCAGGGCUACAUGCAGCAGGGCAUGUACGGACGACCCAACUACCCCGUAGGAGGAGGAGGCUUUGGUGGCAAUUACCCUGGAGGGCCUAAUGCUGGACCCGGAGGAAUGGGCAUCCCUCCACACUCCCGUCCUCCUUCAGACUUCACCCAGCCUGCUGCUGCUGCCGCCGCCGCUGCAGUUGCUGCUGCUGCCGCCACGGCGACCGCCACUGCCACAGCGACCGUUGCUGCCCUGCAGGAAACCCAGAACAAGGACAUGAACCAAUAUGGACCGAUGAGUUCCUCUUUCCAGAUGGGACCAAACCAGGCAUACAACAGCCAGUUCAUGAACCAGCCAGGACCCCGCGGCCCUCCAUCCCUCCCUGGUAACAUGGGCACUGGCAUGAAUCCAUCAAACAUGAGCGGGCCCCCCAUUGGAAUGAACCAGCCCAGGGGCCAAGGCAUGGGGCCUUUCGGGGCCCACGGCCAAAGGAUACCCCAGCAAGGCUAUGCAGGACCCCGGCCUCAGGGCAUGGGUAUGCAGGGCAUGAAAAGACCGUACCCAGGGGAGCCAAACUAUGGUGGGCAGCAGUAUGGACCAAACAACCAGUUCCCUAACCAGCAGGGGCAGUACCCCACACCCAACGCCUCUAGGCCUCUGCCGUCCCCCAACUACCCCGGCCAGAGGAUGCCAGGACAGCAGCUGCAGGGCCAAUACCCGCCACCCAGCGGUGCCAUGGGCCAGUACUAUAAGCAAGAGCCACCUUUUAAUGGCCAAACAAAUAACUUCUCUGGGAGUGGAUAUCAAUAUAGCCAGGGGAAUAUGAAUGGGCCACCCAGACCAGUGGGUAACUACCCUCACUCCCCAGUGCCAGGCAACCCCACCCCUCCAAUGACUCCAGGAAGUAACAUCCCUCCAUACCUGUCGCCAAACCAGGACGUGAAGCCACCCUUCCCUCCUGACAUCAAACCAAAUAUCACCGCUCUCCCUCCCCCUCCAGCCAACCACAACGAGGAGCUGCGCCUGACGUUCCCAGUGCGGGACGGGGUAGUUCUAGAGCCCUUCAGGCUUGAGCAUAACCUGGCAGUCAGCAACCACGUCUUCCACUUACGGCCCUCUGUACACCAGACGCUCAUGUGGAGAUCGGACCUGGAACUGCAGUUUAAGUGCUACCACCACGAAGACCGUCAGAUGAACACCAACUGGCCGGCAUCGGUCCAAGUCAGCGUAAACGCCACACCGCUCACCAUCGAGCGGGGAGACAAUAAGACCUCCCACAAACCCCUGCACUUGAAACACGUAUGCCAGCCAGGAAGGAACACAAUCCAGAUCACAGUCACUGCCUGCUGCUGUUCGCACUUGUUUGUGCUGCAGCUGGUCCACAGGCCCUCAGUUCGCUCUGUCCUCCAGGGCUUACUGAAGAAGAGGCUUCUGCCUGCAGAGCACUGCAUCACCAAAGUUAAGAGGAACUUCAGCAGCGUAGCAGCAUCAUCGGGCAACGCGACGCUCAACGGGGAGGACGGCGUGGAGCAGACGGCAAUUAAGGUUUCCCUCAAAUGUCCAAUCACCUUCCGGCGAAUACAGCUUCCAGCAAGAGGCCAUGACUGCAAACACGUUCAGUGUUUUGAUUUGGAAUCAUAUUUACAACUGAACUGUGAGCGGGGGACAUGGCGAUGUCCUGUAUGCAAUAAAACAGCGUUGUUAGAGGGACUCGAAGUGGACCAGUACAUGUGGGGAAUCUUGAACGCCAUUCAAAACUCGGAGUUUGAGGAGGUGACCAUUGACCCGACAUGUAGUUGGCGGCCGGUGGCUAUCAAAUCUGAUAUCCACAUCAAGGAGGAUCCAGAUGGACCACUGGCCAAGAGGUUUAAGACGAUGAGUCCCAGCCAGAUGAUCAUGCCCAAUGUGAUGGAAAUGAUAGCUCAGCUCGGCCCUGGACCGUCACCGUACCCGUUAUUACCUACUCAGCAAGGGGGCAACAACAGUGAAUACGGCAGCCAAGGCAACAGUUACCAGGGGCAAGGGAACUUCGACUUCCCUCAUGUCAACCCUGGUGGUACGUCGAUGAAUGAUUUCAUGCACGGUCCCCAGCUGUCUCACCCACCUGACAUGCCCAACAGCCUGAUAACCCAAGACAAGCCACUCUCCCACAACAUGCCUGACUCAAUACCUCACUCUGCCGGCAAUGACCAGUCGCAUGGUCCAUUGCAGCAGAGCUUACAUGCAUCUCCACACCCUGGGAGCCAAUCAGGGCAGCAGCUACACCACAGCGGGCCUCCUCAGCCGUCACGACAAGCUCUGCCUCCUCAGCAACAGCAGCAGCAGCAACAACAGCAGCCCGGCCCCAAUAACCAUCCCCACGGCGACCUGGCCUUCAACCCCUCCAGCAGUUUGGACAGCCAAGCGGGGUCGGACAUGCCUGAGCCAUCUUUAGACCUUCUUCCAGAACUCGCUAACCCAGAUGAGCUGUUGUCGUACCUGGAUCCACCAGACCUCCCCAGCAAUAGCAACGACGACCUUCUAUCGCUCUUCGAAAACAACUGAGGCAAUUCAGACACACAUAAACUUUUCUGACUGCCUGCAGUUUCCCUGAGAACCCAGGGCGGUCGCUCAGUACUUGAUAAACACAAAGAUGCACUCCCUUUCUCUUCUUCCUCUUGUACAGUUUUCAUUGGCCAGCGCAGAUUGACUGAAAGAGGUUAAAACUCAAAGACACGGUGGGAUACCGGGGGGUCGCCCUGCCCUCUCACCCUGUGGCGAUACUUCUGAACUGUGCAGCUAUACUCAGUUGAUUUUUUUACGCCACACACAGGUGUAUGUGUGCACAUUAGGAACGUGUUGUAGCAUUUUUUAUUCAUGUUUUGUUUCCUUUUGAGAAGAAAAAGGAACUCACUGUAUAAAACAGAAAAAUAACUGAAAACCCUGCGCUAUCUGGCCAGUGUGCGUUAUGUCCAUAUUGUUAUUCCAAUCGGAGAGGCCACAGCUUCCUGGUGUCACAGCUCCAUUCCCUGACUGGUCUGGUUAGUCACACUGUUUUUGUCCACCACACAUCAUUUAAAAGCACAAAGAGAUUUUGGCAAUGUCUUUACGAAACAAAAAUAAGAUCAGUUAGAUCAGCGUAUGGUCUGUCCUUGUCAAAAAAUGUUUUUUAAAAGAUUUUCUGCUCUUCUGUCAACAUUUUAAAAAGAUUUUUGGGAAUGAUCGGCUUUCACUUUUUCCACAAUUUGAUACAUACAUAUUUUUGUCAAAAAGAGAUGUCCCUGCUUUUCAGUCCUCUGACAGUUGACAGCUGGAUAGGAGAAGAUUUUUGGCCCCACUAAAAGAAAAAAAGUUUAUAUUGCAUAACAAGAAUGGCAUACCUGUACACCUACAUGUUGUAUAGUUAUCGUCCUCCUGAAACGAAAGGUACAAUAUGAGAGAUCGGAGUUCCUGUAACGAUCCUGCUGUGUUUGUUGCUUCCUGCUGCAACUUCUUUCAUGCCGUCUGCUCUGCAUGAGCCCCGGUGUCGCUUGUGUCAGCAUUUUUGCGACGUUGCAUCUCUCUCCCUGUUAAAUGAUGUUUAAGUAGUCUACAAAGUGCAUGUGUGCCAAACCCUUGUCUAGUGCUGUUCCAAGUGGUAAAAAAAAGAUAGUGUGGUUUUUAUCAGUUGCUGUUUCCACAGCUCUUUCUUUUGUACGUUUGUUUUUGAUUUCUGUCAGAUUUAGUAUGAUUUAUUUAACACUAACAUUGAAGGGAUAAUGCUGAUAUCAGCAAUACAUUUAUCAUGUAUUUGCUGGAUAUACUGUUAUGUUUGUUUGUUUCCUUGUUUUUGUUGCUGCAUAAUUAAACUAUCCAUUAAUUUGUUUGGGGAACUGCUCAACAUCACCAAAGUUAGAGGGAUGAGAAUGGAGACGUUUGUGUUUGCCUGGUCCUGUGCAAGCGUGCGCAUGUGUGUGCGUGCGCAUGUGUGUGCGUGUGGCUGUGUGUGUGUGUGUGUGUGUGUGAGUUUCUAUUAGUGUGAUGGGAGGUAAUAUUGAUUUCAAAGAUAUAGGAGAGGACAAAUACAGUUUAUCCAUCACUGCUGUUCAAGAAGUGGUUUUUAAAGCAGUAUUGGUGCAGACCUUUUGCCACAUUUGUUUUCAAUUUCACUUUUUGAGAAGAGUGCUGUUCAGUAUGCAAAUGUAUUAUUUUUUAAGAAAUGCUAUUGUACUGUAAAUACCAUUGUGAAUAUUUUUGUAUCAUCUUAAAAAUGUUUGUCAGUUGAUCAUUAGUCGUCCAACCUAACCACGUAUGCUCUCAAACUCCCAUCUAACCACUGACUUUGUUUGUAACCAGCACACGACAGCUGUCUCGCCUCCUCGUUGAGGGGAAGCCAGUCCAAAUGUCUCAUAAGCUAUUUCCUGCAGGUCAUCGUGCUUUCUAGUCACUUUCCUCCCAGUGCACUCUGUCUCACACCUGUCGUUUGUAGACAGGUGCCCCAUUUUUAUGUGGCCCCCCUUCCCUGCGCCAGCUCAAGGUGAUUGUGUAGCAUCAUUUCAGUUUUCAGAUGUCAAGCUCAGUUUGACGCAAUGUUUUCUUUCACGCUUAGAUGUAUUUGAUUGAAAAUGACCAAUGUUGUCUAUUCAUGAGUUUAUGUUAACAUUUUAUCAGUGAUACUGAACAGUAACUGUUUUAAAAAGAUGUGGUAUCAGCUGGCUUUCAGUGUAAUAAGUGAGCUAUGUGAAUAUCAUAAUUGUUGCUAAUUGUCAAUACACAGUGGUAUUUUAAAGAUAUAUCACAACCAUAUUUUAAAGAAAUUCAUAAUAUUGUUUAUAUUUUUGUUAUAGAAAAUGUGGCUUUUUUAAAAGCACGAGACCAUAUACAUUUUUAUCCCCUUUUGUUUUUGGUAAAUUAUUUUGUACUGGUUUUCUUAUUAAUCUGUAAGGCUAGAAAUCCAAUUUCUUUCAACUGUGGCAUUGUGCUGAUUUAACCGCCCUUGUUUUAUGUAAACAUUAUUAUAAACGUCAUUUAAGAAAUAUUAUUUGUUCCAGUUCAGCACACUGACAUGUUGUUUCAUAUUUAUGUCACAAAGAGACAUCAAAUCAAAUAAGCCCUGUUUUUAAAGAUACACUGCCACAUUUUCAUUUUUUACUAUCUGAAGCUUUUGAUCAAUCCCAUGGAAGUCGUUAUCAUUUCAUAUUUUGUUCUCACUUUCAAGUGAACCAAUUUGGUGUAUGAGGCAGCACCCCAAAUCUGUAGUUGCACAAUCAGAAUAAAGGGCCAUUUCUCUGGGGGAGGUUGUUUUAAAAAAAAAAAAAUAAAAAAAAAAAGGAAAAUUAAAAUUAAAAAAAUACAGAGAGGAAGGGCACGUUCAUCAUUCUGGCCUGGAAAGGAUGUUGAGGGCAAGGCUAGAUCAAACGUCCCAAGGAUGCCUGUAUAUAUGUACAUGAAUAUAGAGACAUGUGAACAGAAAUGUAUUCAUUUUCCCUGGGAAUGUGCAUUGUUUCUUCAGAAUAAUAAAAAGCUUGCAACCCCUCUACUGGAAGUGGCUGAAUAUGGAAAAUGAAACUUGUUAGUUAGUGUCUGUGGGUAUCUCUCAGCAUUUAGUUCCCCCUCUGUAAUAUACUUUCACCUCUUUUGUUAGGGGAACUGGGACAGCUAUGUUUUACAUGUAAUAUUUAGCUUAAAUGUUCUAGUCUGUCACCUGCAUACUCGGAGGUGCUAAAGCUAAAAAAGGAAGGAGAAAAAAACAAGGUUACAAAGAAAAUCGUUUGGAGGGGUGGGAGAAAGGCGGUGGGAUGGACGGGUCUAGAAGAUUGUAACCGAAUCCAUAGUUUGUACAAUUUUUGAUAUCAUGAGCAGUUGGAAAAAUGAUACAAUCUAAGGUGAUUCAUGCAAUGUGGCCAUUGUCUCUAUUGUGUACAUUGUAUGUACAAUCAUUUCAUAUUCUAAACUGGUCAGAAAAUAAAGGAACUAAUUGUGAUUUUUAGUCUUGCAGAACUGUAUGUAGUUAGAUGAUGUGACAACCUAAUAUUUAUCUAAUAAAUAUGUAUUCAGAUGAUACCUGUA